GGGGUAGGACUCCUCGUUCAGAGCAGACCAAUGAAUGCGGCUGGAUCUGUUUGAUUCAUCGGGCUUUUUAUAAAGGAGCCACUUCGCUGUUAUGAAAUUGGAAGUUCGGAUAAAGAGGACGGUGCUUUGUUUUGAGUCGGAAAUAACUUUAUUUGUGUUGUUUACGAAACUUUAGAACUUAUAGAAACUUUUUUCUGCCCUCCACAUGGUGUGUUUUUGAGCAGUUGUUGAUUUACAAGGGAUUAAUAAGGAGCUGGUGUAAUUUUUUGUAUGACUUUUUGCAGUGUUACUGGAAGAUGCUGUUGUUGGUGUGUGCAGUGCUGGGGAGCAGUUGCUUCCUGCUAGGGGACAGCAGGAUCACCAGGCGCUCCCCGAGCUGCCCCCAGCUCUGUGAUGUCUCCAGCUGCCCGGAGGUGCCCUCUGACUGCUGGGCAGGGCUGGUGCUGGAUGCUUGCGGCUGCUGCCAGCUGUGCGGCGCCGCCGAGGGCGAGUCAUGCGGCGGCCGCAGGGACGAGGCCAGGUGCGGGGAAGGGCUGCGCUGCUCGGUGCCGGUAGCGGCCAACCAGGCCAAGCGGCGGAUCAAAGGCGUGUGUAUCUGUGACAACCGUGAGCCGGUGUGCGGCAGCGACGGCAGCACCUACCGUAAUGUGUGUGAGCUGAAGGCGGUGAGCCGGAGGGCACAGGCACUAAACCAACCACCCGUCAUCUUCAUCCAGAGAGGAGCCUGCGGAUUGGAUGCUGCCAGACCUGCAGAGUUUCUCCAGCAAUUUCUGUUUUUGUGUUUAACCAUGAAACACACUGACAGUUUUGAUACAUUGGGCAAUAUCAGAAAUAUUUCAAGACUACAAUCUACGUUUUGGUAACUAGUACAUAUUGAAUAUGGGAUUUCUGAAUGUGACUUAGUAGACUUGUCAAAUGCUAAAUGAAUGAAAAAUUUAAUUGAGCAGUGUUCAAAUUGAUAAUGACUACUUACUGCUAAGACUUGAUAGAAAAUGGUGAAGUGUAAAGGCUGUAACAGUCAUUAAAAAAAACUUGAUCCCUGCAAUGACUGGCAGUGUUA